CCAGCUCUCUCCAAUGUCGCCGAUCUCUCUCCUUCUCUCUCCUCCCUCUCUCUCUCCUCCUCUCUCCUCCGCGCCGCCGCCGCCGCCGCCGCCGCCACCGGCGGCUAGCUCCGGCCGUCCGCCGCUCGAACCUCGCUAGGGCCACCGAGCCCCGGCCCGAGCCCUCGCCGGAGCGAGAAAACCCUCCUCCUCCUCCUUCUCCGCCUCCGCCUCCUCCCUCGAAGAUCCCUCGCGACGCCGCGCCCCCUUCGUCAUUUCCGGCCGGGCUACGUCUCCGUCUUAGGGUUUUUUCUUCUUUUUUUCCCUUCAUUUCAUGUUUGCUGCGGCUUUCAUGUCUUGUGAAUGGAGAUACAGCCUAGCUUCGCCGCCGAUUCCCUCCCCUCCGGUCCCCGCCUCGUAGCCGGCGUCGUCACCGCCCUCUGCCUGCUCCUCGCCCUCGCCGGCCUCCUCCUCGCCCUUGCCCCCUUGAAAUCGAAGAAGAAGCCCUCCUCCGCCUCAUCCAACAAGCAGCCGGCCGGCUCGAAGGCCUGCGGCUGCGCGUGCACCUGCGGCCCGAGCGCGCCGGAUUCGGAUUCCGCCCCGAUGGCCGUCGGAGCGACGUACGUGAACGGCGGCGCCGGCGCCGUGGAGGCGGCUGCGGCUGCCGCCGCGGCGGUUGCGGCUGCGGAGAGGCAGAGCGGCGCCUCGAUGAUGGAGCAGCUCGUGCCGGAGAUCACGACGCACGCGCUGAGUUACCUGGAUUACCCGAGCCUGUGCCGGCUUUCGAUGACUAAUUCCUUAAUGCGGAAGGCGGCUAACGAUGACAAUGCCUGGAAGGCGCUCUAUCAUAAGGAUUUUACUCUGGAACAAGAUGGUGUCACACCAGUCAAUGGGUGGAAAGCCUACUAUGCGGCUACAAGGGCUAUUGUGAAUAUUAAUUUAGAAUUCUUUAACAUCAUCAGGGAAAGUUCCCUUCAAUCAAUGAGCCGCCUUUGGCUCAAUGCAGAUUAUGUCAAGUGUGUUCAUGCUUCGGGGGAACUCUUUUCCGGGUACAAUGCUGUGAUACAAGGUUGGCAACUGGCAUUUAACUGGGAGCAAGGGGUUGACUUCCAGGUCCGCGACGUUCGUGUCCGAGUGCUGAGAGACAUGGCUUGGGUCACCAUGAAAACCUUUGUUGACAUGGAUACUGGGCCUUUUAACAUGACUAAUGUCUUUGAAUUUCAUAAUGGACGGUGGUACAUGGUACACCACCAUAGCUCGAUGAUGGUUAUGGAUGGAGACUUGGAUCAACAAAACAUUCAUGGAUGAAUGGAUAGUUGCUGAGAAUGAAGAUCAUAAUCUCGGUCGCUGGAGAAAUAGUGGUAACUAGUCUGUAGGAGGAAAGGAUUUGAAAAAAGGAAAGAUUAUCUAUGAUUUUGUCAAGGGGUACUCCAUAAUUUUUCCCCCCAACCUUUCUGUGGGUGAGUCUGGUACAUGAAGGCUGUCUUGCUUUCCCAUCCAUGUGACACUGUUUCUUCUUGUUCUGUUCUGUAUAGUCUUGCUCAACAUGUGAAAGUACAUACAUGAUAGCAAUGAGAUUAUUUUUGAGGGAUGAACAUACUGGUCAAGUUUGGCAUGAAUUGAAUGAGAGCUAUGUUACAUGUCAAAUAUGGGUUGAAAAUAUGCGGAUCAUGAUAUUAAUGGUGCUUUUAAGUUGCA